GGUAUGACUAUAUAUAACUUCUCAGUAAGGAGUUCAUUACUUGAUGUGAAGGUUUUUCUUUUCACUUGGGAUUGAUUUGAAGUUUGGGUUAGAGUGCAGUCCUACAUUGCACCUAAUAAUCUGUUGGCCCAUUUCGUCGUUUAGCCACAAAUUCCGACAGUUAUAUGAUUUACUUUGCUUUGUUUUGUUUUGUUUUCUUGGGUACGUACACUGGUUGAGAUUUAUAUUAAUGGCCUCAGGCUUUUUCCAUGCUUUUUCCAUACUCCAAAUAAUCAUAUUGCUUCUCCACCUUUUCAAGGCCAGCGUCAGAAUGGACGGCAGCCCGAUAAUGUGUUUGAUGAAAUGGUGCAGAUGCAGGACAUUCAAAAGAAUACUCAUCAGAGGCAGAGGCCUAUAAGGAGGAGAAAAAGAAAUCACCAGCCUCGGUGAUGGAUAAUCACCAAACAAUUCAUCCUGGUCAUGCGUACCAAUCCUGGCUCUAAGAUACUACAGAUGAAGUUUCAAGAAGAUGAAGAAACCAAAAGCCCAAGAUAUAAUGUCUACUAUGAAGAUUGGUAAACUCAUGGAGCAGCCAGCGAGUGUUCUCAUGGGUCAUUUGUUUAAACUUGGAAGUGGAGAAACAUAUCAGCCAUCUCCUCUCUUAGAGCUAUUCAGGAAAAACUUACCCAUGACCUGCCUUCUGGUUAGUAUCAUAGAUCGCAUUGAGAACUUUUGCAUGAAUAAUUCAAUUAGCUCUCGACCUCUGCCUCCAGAACCCUCGUCAUGGUCACCACCUGGAAGACAAAUUUAUCAAUACCAGGUGAAAUAUUUAAGUCAAUGCAGCUGCUUUCAGUUUCCAUACCUUUCAGAAAAUUAUAGCCAAGUCCAAGUCUAUGUCGGACAAGUUAGUUUUAGUUGAAUUUUGAUUGCAAUCGAGCUCAUGGCAUGGGGACAGUUCAAGGCUUUAGUUUGUCACCUCGACAUAUACUUUUUGGUGUUCUCUCAAUUUAGCCGAAGAGAGAGAUGAACCUUUAUCUAUAUAUAUUUGUAUAUUAUACUGUAAUUUUUCCUGGAAUCCAGUUGAAGUAUUGAUGUUACUUGGGUUGAAGUUGCAUAUUGACUAGUCCUGUCCACAGUGUGCUAGCCUUUUUAGUUUCUGUGUUGUCUGGAUAACCUUGCAAACCGGUUAGCACAUAUCAGUUUAUUGUGUUGAGAUAUUGUGUCGAGGGCAGGGUUCACUUUAAUAAACAUCAGACGAGCUGUAUAUGA